GGGCGGGUGGCGAGGGAGGCAAAAGCAGGAGCGAAGGGAGCGAGCGAGGCCAGACACUCGCGACCGCGCAGACUUCCGCCGCCCAGAGCCGCCGCCGGGGACUGAGUCAGCAGGAGGGAGAAAAUGAAAGCAGGCUGCAGCAUUGUGGAUAAGCCAGAAGGAGCAGAAGGCUAUCACUUCCCAGAGUGGGCAUACAAAACUGAAUCCAGCCCCGGCUCCCGUCAGAUCCAGCUCUGGCACUUCAUCCUGGAGCUACUGCAGAAGGAGGAGUUCCGCCAUGUCAUCGCCUGGCAGCAGGGCGAGUAUGGGGAGUUUGUGAUCAAGGAUCCAGAUGAAGUGGCGCGUCUGUGGGGCAGGAGGAAAUGCAAACCGCAAAUGAACUACGAUAAGCUGAGCCGGGCCCUCAGAUAUUAUUACAACAAGAGGAUUCUUCACAAGACAAAAGGCAAAAGGUUUACCUACAAGUUCAACUUCAACAAGCUGGUGAUGCCCAACUAUCCAUUUAUUAACAUACGGCCCAAUGGUGUUGUCCCACAGAGUGCCCCACCCAUCCCCACCGCUUCGUCCCGUUUCCAUUUCCCACCCUUGGACAGCCACUCUCCCACCGAGGACGCCCAGUCCAGCCAGUUCUCCGGUGGAUCCCUGGGGCCAUCCAGCCAGGAGCCUCUGAACGACAGCAGUGACAGGAAGCCUGACGUGCCAGAGUUGGAGGAUGUCUCCUCAGACUGGCGGCGUGGCGUGGAUCUCAUGGCUUCUCGGAAUGCAGUGGGCCCUGGGAGCAUCAAUAAUCAGAAGCGCAAGCCAGAAGUCAUGCUGCCUGUCUUCACGAGGCCUGGGAUCUAUCCGGAUCCUCACAGUCCUUUUGCCGUGUCCCCUCUUCCAGGACGCGGUGGGGUCUUAAAUGUCCCAAUCUCGCCUGCCUUGUCUCUGACUCCAACCCUCUUCUCCUACAGCCCCUCGCCAAGUCUCAGCCCCUUCACAGGUAGCAGCUGCUUCUCUUUCAAUCCUGAGGAAAUGAAACACUACCUGCAUUCACAAGCCUGCUCGGUCUUCAACUACCACCUGAGCCCGCGGACUUUCCCCCGCUAUCCGGGGCUCAUGGUCCCACCACUACAGUGCCAGAUGCAUCCCGAAGAACAGCCCCAGUUCCCGAUCAAGCUACAGCCUCCACCCGUGGGACGGAAGAACAGAGAGAGACUGGAAAGCACUGAAGAGGCAACUGCCCCCCAGCUAGCUUCUGCUUCACCCAGGAUUAAGGUUGAGCCCAUAGCGGACAAGGAGCUUGAGAGUGAAGAGCCACCAGCCAAAGGGAAGGACAAAAGUGAGGAGGAGGAGGAAGGGCCUGGCAUGGUGAUGCCAAACACCAGCCUGGAAGGAGAGAGGGGGGCUGUAUUUGCCAGGCCAGCUGUUCCAUCCUGGCCCUCAGCACCACCAGCACCUACCCGAAUAAACUUCCCCACCGAAGAAUCUCAGGGGCAAGGGGAAGGAGGUGGAGAGAAGCCAUCCAGAGAGCCGGUGGGAGACACCGGGGUGCAGGAAAAGAGAGAGGAUGCCCUGAUGCCACCAAAACUGCGUCUGAAACGUCGUUGGAAUGGUGACCGGCAGGCUGAAGCCCCCGAGGAGCAUCAGAACGGGAAGCUGCACUGGAAUGGCGUGCUGGGUGCCUCACACCUUGUCCCGCCACCCAAGGCAGUGACAGCCACAGCUGCAUCAGACACCUAGGAACUAACUGGAAAGCGCUACAGUCCGUUUGUAUUAGAAUCCAUGUAUUUAUGUAGCAAAGUUGCAAAGGGGGCGGGGGACUAGAAUGCUUUGAUAAUUCUAGGGACUGGGACUUUGGUUUUUUGUUUUGUUUUAAUUUGUUGAAUCGAAGGUGAAACUCUGCUUGUCCUGGUUAGGAGAGGGAGGCGCUAACCUCUUCUGUGCGUGAAGUCAAGACCUUGCGCAAACUCCAGGAAAACCAAGCCACAGUCUCUCCAGUGAGGCUUAUGAACUCCAGACAUAAUUUACUUUAUAUUCUCUAGUAUUUAUAGAAGCAGGAAUCUGAAUAUAGUUUCUUUUUAUGGCGUCGGGUGCGGCAGUGGAAAAGAUUUCCUAAACAGUUCAAUCGGAGAUGCGAUUUUUUAAUUUUUUUUUUGUCGGCAUCACGAGCUGUCGCUCUUUUCAGCGGUUUGGCGGACAGGAAUGUUGCACUGUCUUUAAAUUGAAACAGAGAUUGCAGAAAGACAAACACAAAAAACCAAAACAGUUUGGCGUCAGUAGGAGGAAGCUGCUAAAAACUCAGCAGUCAGUGGUUUUUGAGCUAAGCUAUAUUUCUGACAAACAACUCUCAUUAAGACUUGAAGACACAAUGGUUGUUCUUUCAGCCUUCUUAAAAUAUUGAAAAAGCCAUGAGCAAUUGUAAAAUCUUUCAGGGAAGAGAGUAGUGGAGUGGGAAAUAUAACCUAAUGCCUUUAAUAGAAUGCAUUAAAAUAUA